UAUUUUUCACUUUCAUAACAUAAUUGUCUGCAGAGACUGACGGAUAAUUUCCUAUGACCGGCAUUUAUCAUAAAGGAGGAGUAUGGGGCGCGCCAGGAUUUCAUCGAAUUCGGGAAUGAAAAUUAGUAUUUUCCAUCUAUGGCUGCAUUUAACUUUCUGGGGACUGGGUCAGGCCAUCCACCCGGACUGUGCUAUCAUCUCCCAGCACAUGAAAGCCCAGGAGCUAUGCAUGCAGAUGAGGAGGAGGGAGGCCCGAAACCGGACCACAAGGACGGGAUGUCGGACGGAGUGGGAUGAGAUUCGCUGCUGGCACCGGGAGGAUGCGGGACAGGUGGUCAACGUGUCCUGCUCCGAGAUCUUCCAGCACUUCUCCAGUAGCCGAGGUUACAUCUCCAGGAACUGUACUGCAGAUGGCUGGACAGACCUGCAGCCUUCCUACGAAGAAGCCUGUGACUUCAGCAAGGGCUUGGAGCCAGAGUCUGAGGUUGCUUACCUCUCGACAUUCAGACAUGUGUACACAGCCGGAUAUGCCACGUCGCUGGUCUCUCUAAUAACCGCAGUCUUCAUGUUCAUUGCCUUCCGGAAGUUCCACUGCACCAGGAACUACAUCCACAUCAACCUGUUUGCCUCGUUCAUCCUGCGAGCGAGCUCCGUCUUCAUCAAAGAUGCCGUCCUGUUCGCGGACGAGAACCUGGAUCACUGUUUCAUGUCUACGUCGUCAUGUAAGUGCGCUGUGGCCUUCUUCCAGUUCAGCAUACUGGCAAACUACUUCUGGCUGCUGGUGGAGGGCAUGUACCUGCAGACCCUGCUGGCCCUGACCUUCGUCUCACACAGGAAGUACUUCUGGUGGUACGUCGUGAUUGGAUGGGGCGUACCAUCAGCAGUUCUAACAGUUUGGGUGCUGACCAGAUAUCUCUAUGACGACAGAGGGUGCUGGGACGAUACGGAAAACGUCGCCAUCUGGUGGAUCAUCAAGGCGCCGAUAACGACAUCGCUGUUUGUCAACUUCAUCAUCUUCAUCAACGUGAUCCGCAUCCUGGUGCAGAAGCUGAGAUCCCCGGCAGCAGGCGGGAACGAUGUUGGCCAUUUCAUGAGGCUGGCCAAGUCCACCCUGUUCCUCAUCCCCUUGUUCGGGACGCAUUACAUGGUGUUUGCCUUUCUGCCGGAAACCAUGGGAGAAUCGGCCAGGCUUUACAUCGAGCUGGGCCUCGGAUCCUUCCAGGGAUUUGUGGUCGCUUUGCUGUACUGCUUCCUGAAUGGGGAAGUACAGGCAGAGAUGAGGAGGAGGCUUUCUAAGUGGCAGAUGUCUGGCCGGCCGAGUCCCGCGGAGCGCCGGAAGCCGCCGUUCCCCGACAGCAGCCUCAUCUCCCAGGUGACGGUGCUGGACAAGCCUGUGGGCAGUGAGCCCAUCUGCGGCAUCUAACAGCAGGGCGGCUUCUGUUGGGGUGAGGAUUCCCUGAAGGACGUUCCUGAGGUCCACCGUUUGUGUCUCGCACCGCACCGAGUCUGUGACUCGCGCUUUGGCCAGAAAACUGCAGACAUUCGCCAGUGUGUCACCCGUGUGUGCGAGAGUCCAUUUCUGAGUGUAAACUGAACAAACAACCUGGGUUGUUGGAAGAAUUAUUUUCUAGAGAAAACUUCCGGAAACAUUGUGUUGUUAUAUUGCGUUUAAAGCAGUGCGUCUUAAGCCACUCCUCGGGGACUCUCAGACAGUACUCAUUUUUGCUCCCUCCCUGCUCCAUAUACCCUGUACCAGGUACUCAGUGUUCUUAAUUCGCUGGGAGCUGGGAGGGAGCAAAAAUGUGGACUGUCUGAGAGUCUCUGAGGACCGGCUUUAAACCUUAGUGUAAAGGAUUUCUGUGUGUGAAUUUCAAUGAGUGUGUUUUAAAAUAUGUACACAAAGAGCCAAGUCAACCAGCUAAGAAUAGGUUCAGUUUAAAACCAAGUAGGGGAUAACGACAGCUGAUUGUAUAUUUUCUGCCUGUAAACAUUCAGUUUUGCAAUGCGAGACCAGAGUUUCUGAUAAUUGCAGGUACACUAAUGCAAACAGAGAUAUUAUUUUCAGAGCUUGUCAUAUAUUGUCCCUUAAAUUAUAUCAGGAGACCCCUUAUACUGUAAAAUUACUCCCAAGCUUUAAUUCUAAGCUUUCAAGUCCUUUUCUAAUGUAAAUGAGUAAAUAUGUAAAUUAAGGUAAUAUUAGCUGCCCUUUAUGCUGUGAAUAGCUGGAAAAAAAACAAUCUUUUAAUGGAACAAUUUUUGGGAUCCCUUAAAAGCAGACAUCUUCAGAGCCACUGUACCUGCAGUAUUAUCUGCAUUAGCGGCGCCAGCCGGCUCCGCAUGCGUGGAGAAAUGCGACCAGUGCUGCUCUUUCAUCUUCAUAUGAAGGAAAAUCUGCCUUUUUGUAUGAGCCGCGUAAAAACGUUUGAUAGGAGUCACAUGCGUCAUUACCUUGGCAGUGACAAGCACAGUCAGCUUCUCCCAAACAACAAAUAAAACCUGCGCUUAUAAUUUAUGAUAAUUGUAUGCAUCCAAAUUUGAAUCUGAAUUGAAUCUGGAUUACAUCGUAUAUUGUUCUGCAUAAAAGCAGUCAUUGUUUGCGUCAGUUGUUUUUCAGUGGAGGGACACUGACAUGCGCUCACGCAUAUGCUCACACACAUUCAGCAAAAUCACAGGAUAAUUUAUAGCAAAAAACAUUUAAUGCAUUUUAACGCCAAUAUAGCAAUUUCAUGUACAAAACUCCUAAUGUACACUAUAGAACAAACGGGUGUUUACAGGACAUUGGGGGGGGAUGAAGUGGAAUUCAGGAGUCAUGUACACGGUCCACAUUUUACAGCACGCCACGGUCCAUGUUCAAGCACAUGCAUGUGCACACGCUCU